ACGUCAUUAUUGAAAGCGGCCAGGUAAACACCAGGUAAAUGUAUUUACCUGUACAUUUGAUGUGUAUGUAGAAAUGAUAUAAGAGUGAAAAACCACCGGACAUUUAAAAAGUAGAACAUUAUUUGUCAAAAGAAUGAAUAGAAUACACGUUUGUAAGGUAUAGUGAAAGAUUUAGUAGGAUUGGAUACUUGUGAAACGAUUUCUAAACGUUUGUAUGUAUACGUAGUAAAAGUUUUGUCGAUAAACAAAUAGAUAACCAUGAAUCUCAGAAAAACAAAAUUAUACAAAACAGUAGUUUCAGGCAGUCCUGAUGCCGUUAUGAAAUCCCUAUGGGAAUAUCUAAAAAGCGGAAAAGAUGUCAAUCUUCGUGACGAAGAAACAUCAGGAACCUUACUUCAUUUACUUGUUGAAUAUGGUGAAAGAUUCUGUGAACCAGAUACUAUCCAAGCUAUUUAUAUGAUGGUUUGUAAGGAUAUAGAGAUAGAUGCUCUUGACAACAAAGGAGAAACUGCUCUACACAAAGUCAUGAGAAAAAAGGGUACCUACAGGAUCAUGAUGGCUAUAAUCAGAUGCGGGGCUGAUACAAGAAUAUUAAAUCUUGAUGGCAAGACUGCCGAAGAUGUGCUUCUUCAAGAAAAACCAGAAGGUUGGCAGGAAAUGCAGCACUGGUAUAACAAAUAUAAGCCAGGCUUAUGGGCAGCCUUAGAUCAAUCAAAUCCAGACAGACAUGUCGUGGAGCGUCUUCUGAAAAACUGGUGUAGACUGACGUGUGUGAAGAAUGGCAAUAUAGUCAGCAUCAAGUCUCUGGUUCGAGACGACAUCCACAAGCGUGACCUGUUAGAAAUGAUAGAAAGAUAUGAAAAUCCCAAUGAAAUGGCUUUAGCCUUGUCGGCCGGGUUUGGAUUUAUUGUUAAAGGAUGGGUGAAGGCAGAUGCAGAACUCUUAAAGAGUGUAGAUGUCAACACCAGAGAUUUUUCAUAUCAAUAUGCCUACCCUGAAUACCCAGAGACUCCACGACCAUUACUGGCUUCAGCUUGGGAAUCAAAUAAUUUUGAUGCAGUGGAUGUCCUCAUGAGUAUGAAACCUGAUACUCGUGUAUUGUGGACUUAUGAAGGAUCGUCGAAGAAUCCACCGAAGCCUGUUUUCUUUCAGCUUUUAUGUGGAAAUACUGUGCCUAAGGAUGAGAAGGUUGUAAUGCGAGUCCUCGAAGGAUCAGAUCUUUCUGCUCGGGAUUACGAUGGCAAUACAAUUUUACACACUGCAGUUAUUUAUGAUGCAUCUGAAAAUAUCUUCAAGAAUCUCAUGUCACUAGGUGCCGAUAUCGCAGCACGUGACAGCAAAGGAAGAACACCACGUGACGUGGCUGUGAAAUUGAACAAAUCUGUGUAUGUGGUUGCAAUUGACGAAUUUAUUGUUAAACUAGUCAAGGAUAAAAAAUUCAAUGAAGUGGAAAAACUAAUAUUACAUAAUUAUGACCAUUUAUCGGAUAUUACAGACAGUUCUAAACGGACAAUAGUUGAUAUUGCCAAAAGGUCCAGUAGUCGUCAGAUUUAUGAAGUAAUUAAUCUCACAACUGCAAUUCAUGCAUACAUUAAAAGAAUCUUCACAGCUGUAGACGAUGGAUUAAUAGAGGAUGCAAAGAAAUUACUGUCAUGUAAAAAAUAUUCAAAUGUCCGAGAUAAAUGUGGACGAACGUUGUUACAUCGAUGUAUAAUGAAGGAGAAGAGUGAUAUGCUGACGUAUUUAUUGGAAGUCUGUUCUCAGCAUAUAAACAUAGGCGAUAAUCUGGACAGAACCCCACUUCACUACGCAUAUCUUUUUAUGCCACAGAAUGAUGUUAUUGAAAAGUUAGUAAAGGCUGGUGCAAUGAAGGAUAGACAUGAUCCGAAAGGAAGAAAAGCAGCAGACUACGCAUUAGAUGCAAUUGGAACCCAAACCCAUUCUGCUCUGAAGAAAGAUGUCCGAGAUUUUGACCUGAAUAUAUACCUUGCAGAACGUGAUUUUGAUGAAACAGUGAAAGACGCAAUUAAGAAAGGAGACCUAAAAUCAGUAAAAAGUUUGAUCUCAGGUGUUCAAAGUUACAAUACGGAUCUGUCCAGGUUUAGUUAUCUGUUGUUUGACUGUAUGGACAACAAAGACACAGAUAUUGCUAAAUACCUUAUAGGAAUAGGAUUCAAGUCAGAAAUCUGGAAAGAGUAUACGAAAUGUGACCCUAACGAUGAUAUGUGUGCAAUGAUGGAGUGUGGACAUGGACCCACCUCCUUGAAAGAAAGGGCAAUGGAAAUGAAAUGUGAAGAUUUCGUUAGUUUCUUAGAAAGGAGACAAAUGAAUGGAACAGUUAAGUCGGAAAAUCAAAAUGGUGAUGUGAAUAUAUUGUCAUGUGGAUAUUGAUGUUUAUAAACUUUGAUGCCAAAAUAAAUCAAAGGGUACACAAGGAGAUUUGGUGGGAAAGCUUGCAUGGUGUAACACAGCAUGUUUGUUACUUAACAUACAUACUGCUUACCGGCUUGUAACUUCAGAGUAGUUAAGCCUUACAAGCUUAGAUUUUAUGUAAACUGUGAAAUAGACUAUAUGUAAGAUACAAGUAAACUCUGUAAUAUAUGUACAUUGUCACUCAACAAGUUUCUUUUAAGCGUCAUAUGAGUUUAUCUCUGAAAAAGAUGGAAAGUCCGCAUAUAAUGGAUUUUGAAUAUCAAUUUUUUUGUCUUUGUCUUACACUUGUAAAAUAAUUCCUAUGAAAAAAAAAUGGAAGUUUAAAAGUGAUAAUUGUUACAGGAAUGAUUUAUUUAUCACCUCUCAUUUCUUUUAUUCAAACGUUUGGUCAUUUAAUUAGAAUACUGAUGUCAUUGCUUAGUGAAACUAUGUAUAAUGGAUCAUCUCGAUAUAAUGAAAAAAAAUGUUGUGUUCGACUAACAUUGAAAUAGUGAAAAAGUAAACCUAAGGUCUGAAUAUAUGAUUUCGUUUGUAAAUCAUGAACAAAGGAAUAAAAAAUGCCUGCACCUUAUCAGGACAAUUUGUUCCAGUCUUUGCUUUGUUCUUAAUUUGAUUUUGUUAGGUGUUAUGGACUACCUGUACCUUAUCAGGGAAAUUUGUUCCAGUCUUUGCUAUGUUUAAAAUGUGAUGUUGUUAGGUGUUAUGGACUACCCCAUAUUUGAACUUACCUUAUAUUUCAUUACUUUUGUUAAUACAUUUUUAGACACGUCAGAAAUACUUGAUUGUGUUUUGAAAUGACUAUAAAGCUAUUCAGGAAAAAAAGAUUUGAAAAACAAAAACACCAACAUGAAUAUAUUCAGGGAAAAAAAGAUUUGAAAAACAAAACAACCCAACAUAAAGAUAGAAAACCUUAUAGUUUGAUUGAUGUAAAACCGAUAUUAAGUUAAAUUCUAUAAUUAUUUGAGAUUGAAUAUACACUUUUUGUUCUAUCUUCAGUUUGGGGUGUCAACUUCUAAAAUAUAAGUUUUCUGUUGCUGCACUUCAGAUAUAGAAAAUUCUUUUCAACAAUUCAUUUGCGCUUAAAUGUUUUUUCUUCAUGUUCAAACAUUAUUAUCAUUCUCAUUAUUUGUAUAUAAACAACAACCAACAUGAGAUUCACGCAUGUAUUAUGUUAUGUCUCAAUUUAGCAUUUUAAAUUGCAUUAAACUGCCAGGUUAGAAGUAUGUACAUGUAUUAUGUUAACAUAUUAUAUUGUUUUUUUUUUUAAUUAUUUGUAUUAUUCAGUGUGAUGGAGGGGAGUGACAACGAUAAUUGCUUAUAUACAGAUCGGAAUGUUCUCAAAACUGUCGAUUGAAAACAAUUGUGUAAUAUUUUUUUUUAACCCUAUCAAUUAUGUAAAUGAAUUUUAUAAUUGGUGUAGUUGAAAUAAGUUUAAUGUUAUUUGUAUUGAAAACAUUGUUUUCUAAAUAUCAUUUACUACCAAUUUCCUGUGAAAACCGUUCAUUUUAUCUUCGUUUUUGUAUUUCAGUCAAUAUAUGUAAUAAUUAUUGUAUGCAUACAUAAGACAUGUUUUGUUAUUUCAUUUAACAAUUGACAGCUCUUCACAUUAAAUCUCAUACUGUUUAUGCUUAAAAUAAACGUACUUUUCAUAAAUGUCUAUGUCGGUCUGCUUUUUAAAUUGUUUUUUAUUAACGUUACACUGAAACAAAAGCUCCUUCCGUAUAACAAUACAUCCCUUUAAGCAUUGCAUAUAGAUGGAGUGAUCUUUUAAAGUUUGGGGAGAUAACUCUCUGUUAGUCAAAACAACAUUUUACCAGCAUUACGAAAUCUCAAAAAACAUAUUAAUGUUUUUGGCUGAGGAUAUUUAUGUGUAAUCUAGAGUAAAUGAAUCACAAUAAAGUCAUAUUUUUGUUAAAUUCUAAUGUUUUAUAAGCACCGAUCAUUCCUUAACAUGAAAGUUCUUGUCAAAGAUUCGCAAUCAACCAUUAAGAUAUGCCUUAAAAUAAUGCAACUGUUUGUCUAGAUCGAAAUAUUGUGUAUAAAAGUGGAAAACCGAAAAAAGUAAAUGUCAUUUUUUAAACCUUUAUGUUUCUUUUUAACAAAACCAUUGAUUAGAAUGUUUUAGUAAUGACAGGAUACUGUAAUGUCUAUUAAAUAUAGGAUUAUUAUUUGUUGGGUCAAUAUAUGUUGAAAUAUUAUGUUGCAUAAUGUAGUUAAAAUUGUCACCAAAUACAUAUAGCAUACAUAUGAUGUUUUUGUUGCAAUCUAAAUAAAAUAUUGUCAAUCGA